AUGCGACUAUUAUAUGCAAAUAUCCCAUCAGCAAAGGCAUUCUGCUCCACAUUGGCUCCUGCUUGUUACCAAAACUACGAAGCACGAGCUCGGAACAUUACUGAAGCUGUUGUCUGUAUGGAAUGCACAGCUUGUAUGACGAUCGGCAACAUUGUUCAGCACAGUUUUCUGUUGAACAAGGAAAUGGUUGCCGGUUUUCUGCGAUUCCUACGGUCAUCGCUGUUUCACAACACCUGUGCCGAGUUGUGCUUAAUCUGGCAACCGCUCAACCUCACUCUUUUCCCCAACGGGUUCACCUACGACGGAUGCAUGGACUUCCUGACGGACUCCUAUCAGACAGUUAUAGAUGUUGCAACUGUAGUUCUUCGACCGGAGAAGUUCUGCGCUUUGGUGAGAAAACGUUUUCAAUAUUCGAGUUGA